AUGAAGUGCAGAAUUGUAGGUCAAUUCAUAUAAAUCAAUCAAAUUUGUUGUAUUUAACAUCAUUCCUUAACAAACGACGAAAAACGGCUGAAGAAAGGAAAGCUCCUAGAAUUAUAGAAUAUUCACCAAAAUCAAAACGUACAGAAAAUGUUGUAGGGGUAUGGAGAAAUAUGACAGUGGCGGAGUUAGCUUCUGUUAUGAAUAAGAGUAUAGAUCACGUGUUUGAUGUAAUGGUUCACGUUGACAACACAAAUCAUUUAAGACAACCAGAAUCAGUAAUUGACAAUCCACAAACUGUUUACGAAAUACUAAAAAAGUCUGGAUUCCGCUAUAAAAUUGUUUCACCACCAGAUGAAACAGAAAAUCAUCGUUCUGAAGAAAAUAUUGACGUAACACGUCAACCACCAAAUCCAAAAAAUUUAGUUCGAAGAAGUCCAGUUGUAACUAUUAUGGGGCAUGUAGAUCAUGGUAAAACCACAUUAUUAGAUUCAUUACGAAAUACAUCUGUUGUAUCGACUGAAUUUGGCGGUAUUACUCAACAUAUUGGUGCAUUUUCAGUACAAUUAAAAUCUGGUGACAAGAUUACGUUUCUGGAUACACCAGGUCAUGCAGCAUUUAGUGCAAUGCGUAAUCGUGGAGCACAUGUUACUGAUUUAGUAGUGUUGGUGGUAGCAGCCGAUGACGGUGUUAUGACACAAACAAUUGAAUCAAUUAAAAUGGCUAAAAAUGCUAAUGUUCCAAUUUUGGUUGCUAUUAACAAAAUUGAUAAGCCUGGGGCAGACAUUGACCGAACAAAAAAAAUGCUAAUGCAACAUGGAAUUCAAGUGGAAGAUUUUGGAGGUGACGUUCAAGCAAUUCCUAUAUCAGCUUUAAAAGGAACUAACUUAGAUACUUUAACUGAAGCAAUAGUUUUACAAGCCGAUAUUAUGGAUCUUAAGGGCGAUCCAAAAAGUUCCGCUGCAGGUGUUAUUAUUGAAAGCAAAACUGAUCCCCGAAGAGGAAAAUUGUCAACAUCGAUUGUUCAGCAAGGAACACUACGAAAAGGAACAGUACUUGUAGCAGGAUGUGCUUGGGCUAAAGUGCGUGCAAUGUUUAAUCAUGAUGGUCAACCAGUGAAUGAAGCACCACCCUCAAUGCCAGUUGAAAUUCUUGGCUGGCGAGAAUUGCCAUCUGCAGGUGAUGAAAUGUUAGAAGUUGAAAGUGAGAAACAUGCGCAUCAAGUGAUUAAGUACCGAGAAAGUAAAAAACUGGAAGAAAAACAAUUGGCGGACGCUGUAAUUGUUCAACAAAAAACGAAUGAGCAUUUAACAGCAUAUCGAGCACAAUUAGAGCACAAACGUCGUAUGGGUAAAUUUCGUUUAAAACCCACAGGACCUAGACAAAAAGAGAUCCAAGAUGAAGAUACUAGUAUACCUAGAGUUAAUAUAAUUGUGAAAGGAGAUGUGGAUGGUAGCGUCGAAGCAAUCUUAGAUGUAAUAGAAACAUACGAUUGUCAUAACAUGUGUAAAUUAGAUCUAGUACAUUAUGGAGUUGGUAAUAUUACUGAAACUGAUUUAGAACUUGGUGAAACAUUUGAUGCGAUCAUUUAUGGAUUUAAUGUUGAUUGUCCAACAAGUAUAUUACAAAUUGCCAAAGAGAAGAAUAUAUUAUUUAAAAGACAUAAUGUUAUUUAUAAAUUAAUUGAUGAUUUAAAAGAAGCGAUGAGUUCAAAAUUAAAACCAAAAGAUCAAGAGGAAAUUGUAGGCGAAGCAAAUGUUUUACAACAAUUUAUAAUUACUGAAGGUAAAAAAAAGAUACCAGUUGCUGGAUGUCGAUGUACAAAAGGUGUAUUAAAAAAAUCUGGAUUGUAUCGAUUAAUUCGUGGAAAUGAAGUUAUUCAUGAAGGCACUUUGGAUUCGAUGCGUCAUCUAAAAAAUGAAGUAGACACAAUUAAAAAUGAUACGGAAUGUGGUUUACAAUUAAAAGAUAAGACAAUUGAAUUUAAACCAGGUGAUACUUUGGUUUGUUACAAAAUAAAUCAUGUACCUCAAAAAAUUGCUUGGGAUCCGGGAUUCUAAUACACUGUAUAUCGAUUUUUUUUGUAAAUAAAUUUUUUAUAAUUAUA